AUGUUACACCCGAUCAUGUUUACUCUCUCGUUCUGUUUAAUGUUUUCUUUCACAAUGAGUCAAUCCAAAAAUGCGUUCUCUCAAAUUUGUAUGCCAGACUUUUUGGCAAUCAACAUGGACUCCUCCGACGUUAACGCGGAGAUCAAAAAAGAGUGUUACUCAAAUAUACCAAAUUAUAAACAUGAAGUCAAAGGAUUUGAUAUCAAGUCGCCUUGUUACGUCAAUGAGCACUUUCUGGAUGUGAACAAAGGCGACAAUCGUGUCAAACGAUGUGGGGAAUGGUUGGAGUUAGUUGGUUCGAGUAACAUUCCUGUUUACUGUAUGAUUGCCGGCUCAUUCAAUUUCACAUUCCAAGGAAAACCCUUCCCGCCAAAGGCUGCGGUUGUUGGAGUAUCAAAAAAUCUUUUUAACAUCAUCACAAAGGGGUUUUAUGCAUCAACAGACGCCUUCGCCCAAAUGACUGUCGCAGAAACGGACUUUGAUCUCAACGUGAGUCCAUCUCUCUGGGUUUUGAACAACACGACCACAACUAGUUUCGUACAAAUUACUGAUUCAAACAGAAUAAGUGAAUUCAUUGAAUUAAAUGGUACAGUGUAUCAAACAAAUGAAGACAAUAUUUUUGAGCUUCCUCUCUCCUCUAAAAAUGUUAUUUUGAAUCUUGUGACGUUUUUGAACGAAAAAGUGCGCUUUGAGAACGUCCAACUGACCGUUACAAAUAACCAAAUAAAAAGAUACGUUUCGAACGCGAAGUUUCGGACAUUCGCAUUGGAGCAUUGUAUAUACAUCGCAGAAAACGUCAUUUAUUCCCCACAAGUCUCGGACAAGUUGAGCGUCAUGCGGUGGUACCUUUUUAAAAUUACAGACGGGAAAACAUACGAAUGGAUAUCUGACACCAACCCAAUAUUUCGCACGGAAAAACACGAAGCUUUCACAUCAAUGUCAUUCGCCUUUUCUUCUCCGAUAGUGAUGUCCCAAGAGUUCAAAGAGCUCAGCUUCGAGUUAAAAAGCACAACCGACAUUUCAAUUCAACGAAUUUCAUAUUAUCACGUGAAGGACAUGGCUCUUCUGACCAAUUUAAAAACUUUGGUCAAUAUCACUGGAAGUAUGAAUUUCAAAACGCAGCGGAUUGGUGAUAUCAUACAAGUGAAGGCGGUUUUUGACGCGGCCAACAAAGAAUUUGGUAACUUAAUUAGUGUUGUCUACUUGAACAACGAAGGUGAUACGGUUACUCUUUUGUCGGCACAACUCUCUCGUUCUGACAGGUUCAUCAAUCGGACUGUGGUGUGCAACUCCACCGAAUUUGAUUGUCGGGGAACGGAGUGUAACGUCGACGAUAAUUCAAAAGACGUUGGUCAGCGGAUGUGGACUGUUGGAUGCGAACCAGCUUGUGGAAAGUGUAGAGAUGGUUUUGUGUGCACAACAAUGGGUAAAUGUGUUGUUGAAGAUCGUGGGAACCUGCGAGACAAUGGGCGUGGGAUGUGGCUCUUGAGUGUGGUCAUUGGAUUUGUUUUUCUCUUGUAA